AUGUCACCAGCUGUGCUCGCCUGUGCGGGCUUUGCGCGUUGUCCUGACUGUGUCCUGGGUCGGGGGCCAGGUGCCCCGGCGGCCCGGAGAGGGGGUCCCGUGAGCCGGGAGGCAGCAGAGCAGAUGCGGCGGGCGGGGGGGCACCGGCCACCCGAGGCCUCUACGUCUGACCUCGCCUCCGGGGCUUCCGAGCUCCCUGGCGCCCAGACGGCAGGGGUUUCCUGGGACGCCGGCAGGUUCUGGGUUCCUGACAGCCCGCCCGCCCUCGGCGCCUGCUCCUGCCACGCGGCUGGGGGUUUCAAGGCGCCGCUUUGGGCCUCCUCCCGCCUGGGGGGCCACAGGCUGCCGCCGGGAAGAGCCUGUGAAUUCAGCAGCUUCAUUUUCAUCCUCCGCAGGCGAAGCCUGGCCUUCCCCGGGAUCCCACGGGUCCAGGCGGCCUGCGCCUUCUCCCUGGGGGUGGGGCUCUGGGUAGUCUGCAGCCACCUCCUCCGCGCCGAUGUCCCCGCGGCCGUCGGCCACCCCGUGAGGCUGCGGGUCCUCCAUUGCCUCCUGGAGCUGUUGAUAACGUGGGGGAUGAUUCUCGAGAAGCUGAGAAUCUGUUCCAUGCCCCAAUUUGUCCGUUUCGUGCAUGAUCUGGUGCCACUCAAGGAGGAUCCGGAUGUCGUGGUCACCGACCUCCUCUUCGGGACAGUCCCCGUGAAGCUGUACCAGCCCAAGGGGUUGUCCUGCACCCCCAGGCCUGGCAUCGUCUUCUACCACGGAGGCGGGGCAGUCAUGGGGAGCCUGAAAACCCACUAUGCCAUCUGCUGUCAUCUGUGCAAGAAGAGUGGCUCCGUGGUUCUGGCGGUGGGAUACCGCAAGUUGCCCCAGCAUAAGUUCCCGGCGGCGCUAACAGACUGCUUCGCGGCCACCACCCACUUCCUGAAGUCCCUGAACGUGUACGGGGUGGACCCAGAUCGGGUCGUGGUCUGCGGUGACAGCGUGGGAGGGGCAGUGGCAACGGUAGUCUGUCAAAAAUUUUUGGGCUGCCCGGAUCUCCCCAAGAUCCGUGCUCAGAUCCUGAUCUAUGCCCAACUCCAGGCUGUGCAUUUCCAGCUCCCCUCCUAUCAGCAGAACAAGAACGUCCCGCUGGCCAGUCGAGACUUUGCCUUCUACUGCUGGCACCGUUACCUGGAUAUCAAGCCCUCCUGGAAAAGCACCGUCCUGAAAGGCGCCCACUUGCCUGCUGAAGUCUGGGAAAAGUAUAGAAAAUGGUUGGGCACUGAAAAUAUCCCAGAGAGGUUUAAGAAGAGACCCUACCGGCCAGUGCUCCCAGAGCCCCUCAAUGAGGCGGCCUAUCUGGAGACAAGCCUCGCUCUGGAUUUAUUGAACUCACCCCUGAUUGCGGAAGAUGAGGUCAUAUCUCAGCUCCCCGAGGCUUGCAUUGUGAGCUGUGAGUACGACCUUCUCCGGGACGAUUCGCUGUUGUACAAGAAGCGGUUGGAGGACCUGGGGGUCCCGGUGACUUGGUACCACAUGGAGGAUGGUUUCCAUGGGGUGCUUAGCACCUUAGACAUGGGGUGUUUGCAAUUCCCCUGCUCCACGAGGAUUCUGGAUUCCCUAGUCCAUUUUCUAAAGAGGUUGUGAUCAUCUUUCCUUCCUGCUAGAGCUACGAGAGUACACAUUCCACCAGCUUCUAGUUCCCCGGCAGGGCUCUCUCUUGUGACGUAGGUGAUGCUGAGCGGGGCUAGGGAGGGGGUCGAGGUUGCCAUGGCCUUCUUGCUUCAGGUUCUAGAACUGUGGAAUGCAGCUUUCUGAUGUCUGAAGGGAGAGCAGUAGGAGAGACAGGUUUGGGGGGAGGGUGGCGCUCUGUUCACGAUCACCAUUGGGAAAAUUUGGGCUGACGGUCUGCAGCGGUCACCUGAGAGUGAACCAUCAAGUAGGGCUUCCCCGAGGAGCGUUCAGGCGGAGGGACCGGGCUGACCUUCUGGGAAGUUGGGUGGCUAGCUCUUCUACUGCGGGGUGCUGCAGAGCGUGUGAGCAACUCGAAGAGCGUUCCUAGAGGCUACAUUUUCAGGACUGGAAGUAUCUCUGGAUUUAAAUUUCUACUUCACUGUGAUGAGAAAACAGCUAUUUCGAGUUGCUGCCCAGGCAUUCUACAGCAUGACAACCCUGCUCCACAGUCUGGACAUGUAGAUAAAAACCUCAAGCUUAGAAUUCCUGCCAUAAGUUCCCACUUUACUUUUCCCAGGGCACCUUUUAAAAUAGCCACUUAGGGCCACACCCUCAAGAAGUGAGUGAUCUCUGCCCCAGCCACGUAAUCAGUAGCAGGUGCUUUCUAUCCUGCUCUCUCUCCUGCUCGCUUGAGACCUGAGAUAGAGGACUGGUCUUCCCUUGUCUCAUCGCACCCCCAACUCUGUUUCUGGGAUCUGUAAGCAAUAAAACUCAUGAGUCUA